CUAAAAACAGCCCCUCUCCCGAAAGCGACAACGUGAGAUGCUCCAGAUCGUCCACUUAUUGCCGAAUACAAAAUACAAACGACGCGACGUUUUCAACGACACAUUUUACCUAACGACAUAAACCAAACCGUUUUGACUGUGGAAUGGCAUGUGCACCGCACAAACUCAUUUGGUGACCAAUCGCCAAACCGGAUUUGGUGAAUCGAAAAUAUUCUAGAUUAGGGUAGAUUGCACGCCAAAUCGUUAUUUCUCGGAGGUCGACAUGGAAAUAGACAUGAUUCGUGCAUGGAUGAAAUCACGCUAAGUGUGCGCCGCUCUCCUGUCAUUGGUCAGAAGUUGCCCUCCGAAGUUCUUUGCACAGAACUAGAUGCUUCAGUGAAACGUCAGAGGAGAAUACUUCCUCCGAGAGCAGGUCGGACGAGUGAACUGCGGAUGUACCCGACGGCAGCUUCGGGCUUUCUGCAACCGCACCAUUAGAUUAACCGACGGUGCUCACCAGGACUAUUUUCUAUUUCGCGAGUCGCCCGACGCCGAUGAGACUGCGGCUGCUCAGGAACAGAAUUGCGGAGGGAAGACCGUUACUGAAAGACUUUCUCCCUAUUAGGCGGCGUUUCCGCACGUAGCCCGAAGGCAGGAGAGAGCGGGGGUCAUGGAGGGCAUCUGCUUCCAGGUCAAACCCCGAGACGACCCUGCCCGCCCUGCGCCAGGUCCCACCCCUUCCUCCAGGCCACGAGACUGGGAGGGGAGAGAAGAAGGUGAGGAUGAGGAGGAGAAGGUCCAGUACAGGCUGACGCUGGUGGGCUCACUGGCCGUGCACCCGCAGACCACCAUGGCCAUGCUGCCGUGGGUGGUGGCGGAGAUACGGAGGCCCCGACUGAAGGAGAGGGGCUUCAGCACCACCCUCACCAGGACUAUGCCUUUGGAGGUCCGGGACAAGCCGGUUCUGCUGCAAGUCUCGGCAUCAUGGGUUCGCUGCACGCUGGAUGUGGCGGGACCAGGCGGGCUUCAGGACCCGCUGCGCCACACCAUUCUGUUCGAGCAGCGGCCACACCGGGUCGCCAAGCUGAUCCGCAACAGCCAGGAGCCCAGCACGUUCGGCUGCCUACUCCGAGACGACGCGGCCGCCGCCUGCUACGUGUUCCGCUGCCUUGAGCAGAGGGAGGUGCCAGAAAUCAUCAGCACCCUCAGGCAGGCCAGCAAGAGCUCAGCCCGGCAGGAAGAAGCCCCCGCCGCAGCCGCUCUCCCCGGUGAUGGUCACCAUAGCAACGGUUGCCAAUACAGCCCGGACACGGCGACAGCCUUCGCCAAGAAGUUCGAGGUGCUCUUCUGCGGGCGGGUAGUGGUGGCCCACAAACACGCACCCCCUGCGCUCAUCGACGAGUGCAUAGAGAAGUUUGGGCGGGCGGGCGCCGCCAACUCCCUCGCCGCCGGCAUCAGGAGAGCCUUCUCGCUCACGCAGGUGACCAGUGAGGGGUGGGGCGGUGGAGGGCAGAAGCCGCUGUUCUUCAGGAGGGACCCCAGCUUCCCCACACUGCAGGCGCUAGAUGAGAACGGCCUGUCCCCUGAGCUCCAACGCCGGGCCACCGGGGUCCAGCCCACUAGCCUGCAGGAGAACCGGACCAUGCUGUUUAUGGUGAGGACAAACACACACACACACCCCAGCCUGCAGGAGAACUUGACUGUGUUGUUUGUGGGUGUCUCUCCUCACCAUACACACACCCACCCACACACACCAGCCUGCAGGAGAACAGGACCAUGCUGUUUAUGGGCCCAUCGUUCCAUGACGGACAUUUUCCAGCAAACUCGCACACUGAAGCUGCGUUUAAGACCCGCUGAAAGAGGAGAAACUUCUCUGGAGGUCGGAGGUAGACUGGCCAUCGGAAGUGGAGUAGGGGGUGGAGACUGUGCCCUGGGGGUGGUACCGGAGGAGACGAGGAGGCACAGCAGGGCGGAGCUACGGGAGCUGUGGCGGAAGGCCAUCCUACAGCAGAUCCUACUCCUGAGGAUGGAGAGGGAGAACCAAAAGCUCCAGGCCUCAGAGAAUGACCUGCAGAGCCGCAGGCUGAAGCUGGACUAUGAGGAGAUCACGCCCUGCCUGAAGGACGUCACACUAGUCUGGGAGAAAAUGCUCAGCACAGCCGGGAGGUCAAAGGUCAAAUUCGACACAGAGAAGAUACACACUGCUGUCGGGCAAGGUGUCCCCAGGCAGCACAGGGGAGAAAUCUGGAAGUUUCUGUCUGAGCAGUACCUCCUGAGGCAGCAAGUACCCAGCGCCAAGCCCCCCAAUAACGACACCCCUUAUAAAGAGCUACUGAAACAGCUCACCUCCCAACAACACGCCAUCCUAAUAGAUCUGGGCCGUACUUUCCCUGCUCACCCGUACUUCAGUGCCCAGCUGGGUGCGGGCCAGCUCUCGCUCUAUAACCUGCUGAAGGCCUACUCUCUGCUGGACACGGAGGUGGGCUACUGCCAGGGCCUGAGCUUUGUGGCCGGCGUGCUGCUGCUCCACAUGAGCGAGGAGGACGCCUUCAGCAUGCUCAAGUUCCUCAUGUUCGAGCGUGGCCUGCGCAAGCAGUACCGGCCCGACAUGAUCAUCUUGCAGAUCCAGAUGUAUCAGUUGUCACGGUUACUGCAUGACUACCACAGGGAGUUGUACAGCCAUCUGGAGCAGCACGAGAUCGGCCCGAGCCUCUACGCCGCGCCCUGGUUCCUCACCGCCUUCGCCUCUCACUUCCCCCUCGGCUUUGUCGCCAGAGUCUUCGAUAUGCUGUUCUUGCAGGGAUCGGAGGUCAUUUUCAAGGUGGCACUGAGUCUUCUAGGUAGCCAUAAGCCCCUGAUUCUGCAGCAUGACAAUCUGGAGUCUAUAGUAGACUUCAUCAAAAGCACCUUACCCAAUCUGGGACUGGUACAGAUGGAGAAGACCAUCAACCAGGUCUUUGAGAUGGACAUCAGUAAGCAGCUGCAGGCCUAUGAAGUGGAGUACCACGUGCUUCAAGAUGAGUUGCUGGAUGGCCCUUCCACUCUUAGCCAGUCACAGCGCGCUGCCCAUCUGGAAAAGACCAACGGGAGCUUGCGGCAGCAGAACCUUGAUCUGCUCGAGGAAGUGCAGGUGGCUAACGCUAGGAUCCGGUGUCUGGAGUCUCGCGUGGAGGGCCUGGCUACCAGCGAGGCCGUUCUGCGCUUGGAGGUCUCCUCCCUCCAGCACGAGCGGGCCGAGCUGCAGCACACCGUAGCCCGGCUCCAGGCCCUCCUGGCCAGCCACGGCAUCCCGCACCAGCCCUGCCCCUCCGAGGACGCCCGCCCCACCGAUGCCACUGAGUGAUGAGAGCCUCGCCCGCCCACCGGUUGGAUCGUCCGCUCGUCUCCUUUUGGAGAAUGUAGUGAGCCAGGGAGAAGUGAGAAGCCACUUCUGUCCUGUGGAUCACAGCCUUGUUUUGGGGUGUUGUACUGAUCAUUUCCACUGACUGCAUUCGUAUAGUUCACUGUGCCCCUUUAUUCCCUUCUGAGCAGAAGUGUAAAACGAGAGGGGAUUAAAACUCACCAAUACGUGCCUUCCUGGUUUAGGAGUCAGGUAACAGACGGGUAUUCGGAGUUUGGUCGGAGAACCAGAGUGAAAGCCAGAGCCAGGGAGAAAGCAGGGCUCUCCCCCAGGGCCUGGAGCUUCUGCUCUUGGCAGUAUGGCCACCAAGCCCCCUUUCCUGCUCUGGAGCCCAUGUGCCUAAAAGGCAGAGGUUGACGACCUCACAGAGAAACACCUCCCCCCUCCCUCCUGUGAUUAUCAACAUGGAGGCAAUUGGCACACAGUAGUGUACAUUUCCUGACACUUUGAGUGUGAGCAUGUAGUGUUCACACUUGUUUCUCAGUGCAUGUUUGUAUGGAUGUCUCUGGAAAUCACUCCGUGUAAUGUUGAGCACUGCUGUAUUCGAUUGUACUGUAAACUUUGACAUAAACUUUGAUCAAAACAAAAGAAAAACAUCUGCUGAUAUUUACACCCAGAAAUUUACUGUUUUAGCGCUGAUCUGCUGUUUUCCAGAAACCAAAGUUUUGCUUCUGUUUUGUACCAAAAAUAUAAUUAAAGUCUCCCUGAUGUUGA